AUGUACAAACCCUUUCCAGUGAUAAUACCUUUCUUUUCUGCCCCUUACUUCAUCGUCCUCCCCGUAGCGUCUCAGUAUCCUUUUCCUCACGAUGAGUUUGAGAUUUCUGCAAUUCCUUCAGAAGGCUGUUUUGAAGAUUCAGAUGGCUGGGAAUUAGUAAAGGGCUUAGUCUUGUCUUUUUUUAGAAUUCCCGUAGUCUCUUCCUUGUUUUGUAGGGAAGGUUUUCCACCCCCCCCAAUCCGUUCCCGUUGUUCGAUCGCUAGCAAUUCCACAAACGCGGUACCCGAAAUAGAAGACCACUCUCUUGAAAUAUCCCGCAGGAAAAUCGAGAGAUGUUCGGGUUCUUCCAUUGAUCUCAAUAGAAGUGCACACAAGAAACAACCACAAAGAAAAUUUCAAGAAGGCAUUGUUACAGUAAACAUCCGUAGUGCGAGAUUUUUUUGA